AUGAUUUCAAAAAUGGCUUUGUGUAAUGGGUUGUCUUAUGAGAACAUUGUUCAAGAUGGACUAAAACCAACAGCUCUGGAAAUGUUUUCACUUGUGUUAUCCCAGAAUUGUAGGCAUGAAAUAUUUCCAAUUACAACUACUCUCAUUCUCUUCAUGCAAAGUAUUCAAAAGAUUUCAGACCUAAGGUACUGCCUGUUCCUCAAAGAGCUGUGAGAUGCUGAAUGCUGUGUAGUAGAAAAAAUUAAUGGUCCACAAAAAUGUGUAAAUUUGCAAAAGCUUUCUUUUUAUCGCAAUGAAAUUUCCAGGGUAGAAAAUCUGGAAGCUCUGACAAAGGUGAAUCUACUUUUGUUGAAUAAUAACCUCAUCAAGAAUACAGAGGGCUUACAUACUUGGCGGAAUUUGCAAGAUGUCAGCUUCUCUGGGAACUUACUGGAAUGUGAAUUGGCCAAGCUGUAAAUGUUGAGUAAAACGUCAAGUAAUAAAUCUAUAAGGAGUAAGAAUCCGGAAGCUGAAAAUUCAGUUCAUGAUAAUGAAGGUACAGAAAAGACAUGACUUGAAAAGGCAUUCUCACAAAAAAUAUAUGCACUGGAAAAAAAAAAAAAAAGAAUAACAUUCCAGGACAGAAAACUGAGCAGAAUUUUAAAAGAUUUCCAAGUAGAAAUGAAGAAAAGUUUGAAUUUUGCAGUACAAUUCUUGUUGAUGCCAUUGGAAAUAGCAUGCAGUUUCAGGGGAAUGAAAAUAAAUUUCUUCUUUAGAGCACACAAUCAGAGGCUGAACUUUAAAAAGUUUCAAAUAUUUCUGUAAAAAGAAGUUUUCAGUGUAAAAAAAGCUUUUUUCCUCUAUAACAGUCUAAGCAUCUGUGAAUGUCUGAGAACAGCGUUUCUGAAACAAUAAGCUGAAGCAGAAGGAAAAACCAGCAGUGACCCUGAGAAGUCACUCAAGCAUGGUAAUUCAAAUUUUGGGAAGAUCUUGAAGCUCCGCAGAGAGCCUCAGCUGCUGGGGGUAAUUCUCACAGCCAUUCGAAGCAUGUUUGAGAGAUGUCCUCACAAACUUUACAAACUUCAAAUGCCUUUUUGUCUGUUUUCUAUGUGCAAUAUAAUUGUGGAAGAGGAAAAGAGAAGCCCAGAAAGAUUUAUUCUGUCUCAUGAUUUGCAGCGUGAUGAUGAAGUUUUGAACAUGGAAAUGACAGUAAAGGUCAGUCCUCAGGUUGCUUUCUUGAAUGAAAAAGAGAACAACAUCUUUUCAGUAUUUUAUGUUAGUUUGUACUUACAUUUUAUAGUUUUGAAUUUGAAUGGGAACAGCCUGAGCACACUGUAGGACAUCUCUAGACUUAAGACACUUCAAAAAAUUAUCACCAGUUUUAAUUAAUUUAUUUCCUUUAAUAAUAUUCAUGACCUGCCCAGCCAAAAAUAAUUUGAUGUGAGACAUAACCACAUGAUGACUUUUGAGGGCAUCAGAGACUUGAGCAAACUGCAGUUCUUCAGCCUGAGCUGGAACAAGCUGAAAAGUUCCAACUUUGAAAAAAUGGAGCAUUUAAGAUGCGCCUCAUUUAGCAAGAGCAAUCUCUCACAAACAGAAGGAAUGUCUAGUCUUGACCUCACUUUAGAUGAAAACUACAUCUCAACACUAGAUGGUACUAUGUUUACUGCGCUAGAACUUCAAAGCUCAACCAAGAUUACACCACAUAGUGCAAAUAGUAACUAUCUUGUCAGCCUUAAAGAUGUGUUUGAAAAUCUGCCUUACUCUUAUCACACAUCCACUGAGAACAAUAGAAUCAUAUUCUUAGUUGGUUUAAGUAAAACUGACUGCCUAGUAGAGCUAUACACAAAUAGUAACUUUAUUAAUAAAGAGAUUCAUCAUUUAAAGGGCUUAACUAAUCUUAUGAUUUGGGGCAUAAGCAGAAAUUGAAUAGCCUGAAAACAAGAUCCCUCAUUUGUAUUAUUCCAUCCUCCCUCUCUCAAAGCCUUAGAUGGCACUGCAGUAUUUUCCAUGUUAUUUAUAUUCUCAAUCCCUCUGAUGCUAACUGACCAGUUUAGAAAUGUGUGCAGUGUGAAUUUACAGAAUAAUAAACUCAUGUCUUUCAGUGGUUAAAUCUUCAUUCCUAAUGCCAAGGUAUUGUGUCUGAACUACACUCACAUUGAACCAAUACUGCCUGGACAAAAACUCCCAAAUCAGGUAACAAAGAGGCAGCAGCUGUACUGAAAGGUAGCCUCUCGUGGAUAUGGAUAGCAAGCACUUGGAUACAGAAUUUGUAGAAAACUGCCCCUGAUCCUGGGCUACAAUGGAGUUACUAAUGUGGCCCACCUGCAGUAUAGCAGGCUAAAAAACUUGAAAUGUCUGGUUUGGCAGGGUAGGUAUUUGUCACAAACUGAAGGACUUCAAAGUCUCCAGUUUCUGCAGUUGGUAUUGGACCAUAACUGCAUUACAAUGAUUUCAUAAGGUUUACUAGCUAGACAGAACAUUCCGCUGACUCACCAUCUGGAGUAAAACCAAAUAUGAGAACCAAACAGUUUACAAGCUUUGGCAAAAUUACAGAAAUUUUUCUGGACUUCCAACAGAACUCAAGAACAGGGUUCUCUCAAGAACUGCUGUUCAUUGCUUGUGUUUUGUCUGCCAGUAAAUGCAGAAGAGAGGAUAAGAUCAGACUGUGAGCCCCUGGAACAAGGUUUUUCAGUUGCAAACUCUCCAGAGGACUCUGGGUUUCCUGCACUGCCAGCAAAUUUUACAAGACAUAACCAUUUCUGAAGAACAAAUGGGAAUCUGAAUGAAAACAUUAAGCAUUUAUUUGGCUCUGAUCUUGUAUUUGGUCAUGAACUUGAGCUGCCUCUAGUGAAUAAGUCAAAUGAAAAUAAGUGUAAAAAUCCAGGAAUUACAACAAAUAAUCUUUGAAGCAUCCAUGCAGAAAGAGCUCUGAGGCAAGCCAAAGGAGCAGCAACUAAUCUUCUAAAUCAUUUGGUACAUCUUAGUGCUAGUUCUUGAACCAGCCAACUGCAUCAGAGCAGCACAGAAAAUGCAGGGCAGUGA